AUGAGGAAAUCAGGAUGUUGCACCUUUGGCCUUGUUGGCAUAUGCCUGGCACAGCAAAAGAACUUUUCAGUUGACCGUAAUGCGCCACCUGGCAACUUGUCAACUCUUCCAAACGGUACCCUUUUCGAAGCAUGGCGACCUCGAGCACACAUAUUGCCUCCUUUCGGACAAAUCGGCGACCCCUGUGGACACUACGUGGACACAAAGGACGGUUUUUUGCAUUUUGGCUUCCUGCACGAUGGGAAUGGCGCAGCGGGCGUCACUACAGACGACCUGGUUCACUACAAGGAUGUCAAUCCCCAAGGACGCCAAUUUAUCUUUCCCGGAGGGGUCAACGAUCCAGUAGCCGUCUUUGACGGCACCGUUAUAAAUCAAGGUGUUAAUGGUGAGCCCACUUUCCUUUAUACCUCGAUUUCCUACCUGCCCAUCCAAUGGACUAUUGCGUAUACUCGCGGCAGCGAGACAAUGUCCCUGGCCGUAUCGGUCGAUGGAGGACGGAAUUUUACCAAGCUCGACCAAGGGCCUGUCAUAUCCGACCCUCCCUUUGCGGUGAACGUAACCGGCUUCAGAGAUCCCUUUGCAUUACAGAAUGCUCAGCUCGACGAACUUUUGGGCAGCCCUGCUCGAACCUGGUACCUUGUGAUUGCUGGUGGCGUGCACGAUUCGGGACCCAGUCAAUUCCUAUACCGUCAGAACGACACUGAAUUCCAGUUCUGGGAGGAACUCGGACAGUGGUGGCAUGAACCAGCCAAUUCUACUUGGGGCGAGGGUCUGUGGGCCGGUCGAUGGGGGUUCAACUUCGAGGCCUCGACCAUAUUCGGCCUCGAUGAAAGUGGAUUCAAUGAGAACGGCACAAUCUUCACGACCGUGGGCGCGGAAUGGUCUUUGGACCCAAUCGUACCGCAAGUAUCUGAUUUCAGAGAUUCACUGUGGGCCGCUGGAACGGUUGAGCUUUCGGACGGCGAUAUCAGGUUUAAUCCCAGCUUCGCAGGAGUUCUAGAUUGGGGGGCCUCGGCAUAUGCCUCUCACGGCCAGCAUCUGCCUGCUUGGUCAAAGGCAUCCCAGAAGAGUGGUGCACCUGAUCGCUAUAUCACGACUAUCUGGCUGACGGGCGAUUUCUACGACACUACGGAUCCGGCUUCCAACCAGCAAAACUGGACAGGCACAUUGCUGCUUCCUCGCGAAUUGAGUGUCGGCAGGGUGGAAAAUGUCGUCAACAACGAGCUCGUGAAAGAGAUUGGAUCAUGGAAGUCACAGGGAUAUUCUGACUUGGUUGAAGUGAUGACUUUGAAGCAGGUUGUUGUCCGAGAAGUAAUGGCUGCUAUUUCGAACUGCUCUUCCUCCACCGAGCCGUCUCGUUCUUUCAAUGUCUCUACACGCGAGGCAUUUCAACAGUCUCCCAAGACAAAACUUUUCGUUCUCAAGGCAUCCCUGUCUUUCCCCAGUUCGGCACGUGGGACAGGCUUGAAAGCUGGUUUUCAGAUCCUAGCUUCUGACGUCGAAGCAACAUCCAUCUACUAUCAAUUUUCGAACGAAUCCAUCAUCAUCGAUCGAACCAACACCAGUGCCGCGUCUGCAUUAAACCCUGGCAUUAUUUCGCAAACAGAAGCCGGUCGAUUACGCCUAUUUGAUAGGAAAAGUGGAGACCAGCAGAAAAUCGAAGUGCUUGACCUGAUGAUUGUGGUGGACAAUUCCGUAGUAGAGGUUCAUGCCAAUGACCGAUUCGUAGUCAGCACCUGGGCAAGGUCGUGGUAUUCAAACUCAACCGAGCUUCGCUUCUUUUAUGAUGGCCAGGAGACUGUUGAGUUCGAGAAUAUCACUAUUUUUGAUGGCCUCUAUGAUGCGUACCCUGACAGGGCUUGA